GGUAGGUAGCGAGCGAAGUGCUCAGAACAGCACCCGGCAAGGCAAAGCACAGCAGGAAAAACGUGCCUCGAAACCCCCAGAGCCAAAGCCAAACAUCUUUGAAAAAAAAAAAACAUAGGAAAAUGCAACAAAAAUAAGAAAAAAAAGCAGACACAAGAAAUAAAGAGCCACAGGCCAGAGCCGAAGCCCAAGCCCAAGCCCAGGCGCCAGCACAGGCACAAGCACAAGCAAAAGAAGCUCGAACCCUCCGCAAUCCGUCAUCCACAUCCACAUCUGCACCUGCAACCUGCACCCUGUCCCAACACAACUACCACACACCUCGCCCGCUCUCCUGAAAGCGUCCUCACCACUCCCCAUCCAUACCUCCAUCCACACGCUCAUCGGCCAUCUACGUUGCCGCUAUCCGCUGACCUUUUCCCUUCAGUCGCUUUGCUCUGCACACCAGCUCACAACGACCGAGGAUGGCCGAACUGCGACGCAAACUCGUCAUCGUCGGUGACGGUGCCUGUGGAAAGACCUGCUUGCUUAUUGUUUUCUCGAAAGGCACAUUUCCUGAGGUCUACGUUCCAACUGUCUUUGAGAAUUAUGUCGCCGACGUCGAGGUGGACGGCAAGCACGUCGAACUAGCCCUGUGGGAUACAGCUGGUCAAGAAGAUUACGAUAGGCUGCGACCCCUCUCCUAUCCGGACUCGCACGUCAUCCUCAUCUGCUUUGCCAUCGACUCGCCAGAUUCGCUCGACAACGUCCAGGAGAAGUGGAUCUCCGAGGUCUUGCACUUCUGCUCGGGCCUGCCCAUCAUCCUCGUCGGCUGCAAGAAGGAUCUGAGGUUCGAUCCUAAGACGAUCGAGGAGCUGCACAAGACGUCGCAAAAGCCCGUCACUACAGAACAGGGUGAGGAAGUCAAGAAGCGAAUUGGCGCCGUCAAGUACAUCGAGUGCUCCGCGAAGACGGGCGAGGGCGUCCGAGAGGUGUUUGAGCACGCGACACGUGCAGCCUUGACGAACACCAAGGGUCGGAAGAAGGGUGGCAAGAAGAAGGGCUGCGUGGUCCUAUAAGCGUUCGACAUGUCCCAUUCGUCCUCAGUGUAACACAUAUGCUCGCGCCACCGUAAGCAACAACGGCCAAGUGCGCAUCAGACCGGAGCGGACGAGCAUGAUGAGAAAAAAGGCCCUCACGACCUUUUUUGCUUCUUCCUGACGAACGACGACCGCAAAGAUCGGACGCCCUCUUGCUUCUUUCCACAUCUUUAUUUUCCUCGUCCUUGGUUCUUUUCUUGCUCUCUAACUGCUACUCCUACUACUACUGUAUGUGCGCGCACAAAUCACAAAGCUUUUUUUUUUCUGGGAUUGCAUAGAAACGUUGCUCUCUGCAUGUGGAACCAAGACGUCGUGCUCUGUGCGGCUCUGUCGGCUGGCUCUUUUCCUGCGAACAUCCGUCUCGGCUAACGACAACGGCAAGAUCAAACAACGGUAGAUGUAGUCUCCUCCUAUUUCUUUGUCAUUUGGGGGACAGCAGGCGGGGAUCUAGGGUUUGGUGGGUGGUGCUUCGGAUGGUUGGAAGGUCUGAGGCAAAACACUCUACACACAUAUAUGAGAAGAGAGAGGCGUGGAUAAUGAUAGGGCAUGGCAUGCACAAACCAUACCGCGAGUGCCCUCGUCUUUGUUUGCGGCCUUUCUUAUCCCGUCCUCCUGUCCUGCCUCCCUGGCCUUGUUUCAUCUUUCUUCUCGUCACCGCGCGUAACCUCAUGUAUACACCACACAUCUCAAUCUCACCGGGAAAGAUUCGUUUCUGUCGCGAUCUGGUUGAAAUAUGGCUUGGCCCUUCCCAUCUCCCCAAUCCACAUAGUACAUGGAGGAUAGCGGAAAUGUGAUUUGCCUGCUUGCCCCUCUCCCCGUCCCCUCCCUCUGACCCCACAAAGCAUUGAAAUGUAAUAUCGGACAAAUUCUAUUCUGGAGUUACAUACAAGGUUAUCAGUAGGAAAACCCAGGAAUCCGCCUUCACUUUUUUGUGUAAGA